GGAAGCACUUUCACUUUCAGGCUAGCCUCUGUCUGAGCUCACACAGACAGCCUGCCCAGAGAGAGGGGGAGAGAGAGAGAUAGCGGGUCCAUUAGCCAAUAUAAAGGGUGAGAAGAGAGUGAGGUCUGUAAUAUACUGGGUCAUUAGGGAAACAGAAAGGGAAAGAGCGAAAGCGAGGAAACGGAAAAGGCUGCUGCUUGACAGGCUGAGAGGUGGGAAAAUCCAAAGUGAGAGCGCAGUGCAGAUUGCGUGAGAGAGAGAAGUGGGUAAAGAGAUUUGGAAAGUACCAGGGAGACAAAAGGAGGAAUUCUAAAAGAGAGGUCAACGAAGCUGGAGUCUAAACUGUAGUAGAAGAAGAAAAUACUGAGCUCAGAGCUCUCUCUCGUUUGUGUCACACACUUGAAGGAGCCGCAGAGGAAACUUUGCCUACUCAGACCAGAGGACUUAUUUGAUCUGCGUAUUGCAUGCUUUCAACCACAGAAAUGGAGAAGUGGCCUUUCUCAUGAAGAUAAAAGGAUGUCACGAUCAGUUUUACUGUUGCUAUCAAUAUUGACAGUCCAAGGUAGUGGAUGUGAUGACUUUUUGAGAGGGGUUGUCAAGAAUCUUCAAACCACCAUUAACUCAGACCACGUUGGAUUUCGUAAGGUGUUCCCUAAAUACUAUUGGAUUUCCCAUCACUACAAUGACAACAUGCUGUGCAACACUGAUCCGUGUUGUGUGUUUCGAGCUGCGACUGUUCUCUCUGACUCCUGGCUCCAGCUCCGCAGUCGGCUGUGGCCAGAGCACCAUAGCUUCGAAUUCAUCUCCAACCUGAUACAAGCCCUGGAUGACAGGGGUAUGACAAAAGGGAGAUUCGAGGAUCCUGACCCUUCUGUUCUUCCCUACGUCUCCUCCUCUCCGGAGGAACUUCUCAACUUCACUUCAUUUGUUUUCUCCAAAUGGCUGGAACUGGGGUGCUCGACCUCGGUGGACACUUGUUCCUUCCCCACUCUGGCCUCUCCUGCUGGGGAGGAAGAAAGGGCAGAUCUGGAAAGUAAAAAAGUGAGGUUGUUAACCACACGUGCAGUUCACAUGCAACACAGGGAGAAUGGAGGGGAAACCAGGAUGAAGUUAUACAUCACACAGCCACCAACCAAUAGCAGCCCACCAUCCAAUGGGCUUCCUGGUUCUACUAGGAGCCUCCUGUUAUGUGGACUGACCUGGAUGCUACUGUACAGAAGUUGCUAUAGUUACUGAAGUGGAUCUCUUCAGUGGCGCACACAAAAUGCAAAAAAAAUAAAAAUAGAAUCCCUGCUUUUGAAAGAAUACGUCCUUUUGUUUUUGCAAUGUGUUUUGGAGCACUGGUUGGCUUUUUCUUCUCAAUCUGUCCAUUCUAGCUGUUCUAAUGCAGUAAGCUUUGUCAAUCAAGUGACUGACAUGCACAUUAAAUUGUUGCACUGAAUGUACAACUGCAGUCAAGUUUAUGUAUAGAAUAAAAACAUUUUAACUUAGAACUCUGGUGUGCAGACAGUAUCAUCAUAGCCAUAAGAAACCGUUACGUACCUAUACAACAUACCCAUACAACAUAGCCAUAUGUAUAAAAAGCCAUAUUCUACUCAAGCUAACUAAACACUAACAAGUGUUUUAUAUUGAGCAAGCUACCACACAUCAACUGUUGUCCAAUAUUUCCGAACAAAUUCAUAUGAUGUUUACAAUGUUUGUCUGUUGGUCUUCAAUUAAUGUUUUUAUUUUUUUCAGUGAACUUUUGUACAUACUGCAUCUUGUAAAUAAAAACCAUGCAGCCGUUA